AUGAAGGCUUCUGACACAUUCAUCAUCUUCUUCCUCCUCUGCAGGACUGUGUGUGUGUCAGGAAGGACUACGAAAGAUAUGCAGGAGCAAUGGCGCCGCUACAAGAAUGAAUGUACCGUCCAGAUAAAUAAGGAACCCACACCCGGAGGACUGUUAUGUAGGCGUAUGUUUGACAAGUAUGCUUGCUGGUCAGAUGGACAGCCCAACUCUACAGUCAAGGUGCCCUGUCCUUGGUACCUGCCAUGGUAUGACCAAGUGCGCAACGGCUUUGUGUUGAGGGAGUGUGGCCCUGAUGGUCAGUGGGCCACCCGCAACUCCAGCAGCACCUGGAGUGACACUUCUCAGUGUGAAGCCAAAAUCACUGACACUGAAAAGGAAUUUCUGGAGAAGCAGAUGAUGGUCUUCACCUACUUCAGAGUCAUGUACACAGUGGGUUACUGUGUUAGUCUUGCCAGUCUCUCUCUGGCUCUGAUUAUUCUGCUGUUAUUCAGGAAGCUGCACUGCACCAGAAACUACAUCCACACCAACCUGUUUGCAUCGUUCAUUCUGCGAGCUGUUUCCAUCUUGACCAGAGACGCUCUGCUGAGCAGAAGCACUCCUGAGUUCAGAGACAACAGGAACAUCUCCACCACAGUCUUCAGUGACCAGGUUACUGAUCUGCUUGCCUGCGUGGCUCAGGUGCUGAUGCAUUACUGCGUGGGAGCCAACUACUACUGGCUGCUGGUGGAAGGCCUGUACCUACACAACCUGCUGGUGAUGAUCGGUGAAAACCGCUUCUUCCGUGGAUACCUACUCAUGGGCUGGGGUACCCCGGUGUUAUUUGUGAUUCCUUGGAUUAUUGUGCGCUACUUCUUUGAAAACACAAAGUGUUGGGAAAUUAACGAGAACGUGACACAUUGGUGGAUAAUCCGUACCCCCAUCCUGCUCGCUAUUCUGGUGAAUUUCUUCAUCUUUAUUCGCAUCAUCCAGAUCCUUGUCUCCAAACUGAAAGCCCAUCAGAUGAGAUACACUGACUUCAAAUUCAGACUGGCCAAAUCCACCCUGACCCUGAUUGCUCUGCUGGGCAUCCAUGAAGUGGUCUUCUCGAUGUUGACAGAGCAUACAGAGGGAGUCAUUCGCAACAUCAACCUCUUCUUCCAACUGCUUUUCAGCUCUUUUCAUGGUUUAUUUGUAGCCAUCCUCUACUGUUUCGUCAACAAAGAGGUGCAGGCAGAGAUAAGGAGGAAAUGGCACAGGUGGAAGCUGGGGAUGACUGACCUGGAUGUGGGCACCAAUGCUGCAACCUGUCAAAUAAGUACAUGCAGUGAUACGAAAUGUUGGUGCCACCAUCCGUCUCCCUGCUUUACGCCAGCCCACUGCCAAGAGGACCGCUGCCUCUCUGCCACACCCCGCCCAUCUGCCCUUCCUCUCCCUCAGCUCCCCCUUCCUCACCCCUACACCAACCACCAGGACCAGCUGGGAGCCAGACAGCUGAAGACCUACUGCUAUAUCUCUACUCAUAGACAGGAUGAAGGAGAAGGGGAAAAUGAGGAGAAGUCUUGUGAAAGCUACUGCUGAUAAAUGCACACAAGGCAGUCAGACUCACUAACUGAGAGUAAGAGAGGAUUUGUGUAUCAUCAAUGUAUCAUCCAUUCCUAUGAAUGUUCUAUUCAGAUUUGGACUGUUGACUAAGGUAAAGCAGCCACAGGAUUGGUGGUUUAAGAAAUGGAUGAAUGGGUUUACUUUUUCUUUGGUGCCAGAGGUUGAUGAGAUCAUACAGGAAGUUUUGUAGAAACAAUCCAUCAGCUGGUGGAUCUGGACUUAGGUUAAAGCAGCAGAAUGAUUCCUGGUGCAGCUGCUACUGAUCUCUGACCACUCUGUCAAACUCUGUCCAAAAUUAAUGGAGUCACUGACUGGAGUCAUCUCUGAUAUUAUUCCCACUGAGGAAGCAAAAUUUGUUUAUUAACAGGUUUUAGUGAAGAAUUUUACUGUAAUGUGGAUCACAUCAAAUCCGCCUUUAAAAAUUAUUCACAUCAUCCUGCUCCCUACAGUACACUUUUAGAUAUUGUUUUUCUUCAUAUCUAUUGUCUUACAAAUUAGUGCAAUCAUGCAAAAUGAAUAUUUGAAAUCUUGCCCUCAUCAAACACUAAUAAACACGUCAAACAGUCUUAUUCCAGAGAUGACUGAAAAGUCAGUCCAGUCAAAAUCCAACAAAGUCUUAUUUUAAUUGGCUUCAACUGCAAUAAAUCCCUGUUACGGUUAUGACAUGCAAAUGGUAAUGGUUGCUCAGUAAGACAGGGGGCAGCAAGUUUUGUCACCUCACAUCUCCUCUCCUCUCCCUGUCUGGUUUCUCAAUUUAACAGAAGCUUCUUAAGCUGUCUCCUCUUGUUAGUCCACCUCCCGUCUCACUGGUUUAGUUUUUUCAUAGUUAGUUAGUUCACAGCUUUUCAGUAAGGAGGUCUUUUUGUUAAAUGGUUCUUUUGAUGUGUGGAAUAACUUCUCAAUAUAUUUCACGUAAUCCAGUACGUUACAGAUGCCUCUACUGCCAUCUAGUGGAAAAAGAAAUAGCACACUGCCAGAGGAAAAGCACCUGUAAAAAAAAACAAGUCAAAAGGCAGAUUUGUGCCAAAAAUCUUGAACAUUUUGCCAAGAAGUACCUAAAACCUUGACAACAAUCUGUUUCAGUUUUAGUGUUUUAGUUCUCAAAGGCAUCCAGAUAAGUCAGUAAACCUAUUAAAUUUUAUGACAUAUACAAUAACUUUGUUAAUUCCUGUGGAACCGAUGGGGCAGUUUUCCUGGAGUUUUAAGUUACUUUGAUUUACUGGAAUAAGAAAUAUGUCUAGAAAAAAUACUGAUGUUCACAACUAUUAUACUGUACUAUGCAACUUAAAUGGUCUUUUUCAUAUUUGAACUGUCUAUGAGGCAAAAACUGUCAAAAACUUAAUUGUACCAAUAUGCAGGUUGCACUCUUCUAUUAUGUGACAUGGCCCUUCAACAGUAAACCUGCUUUAGGAGCUAUGAGCUAAACUGACAGGUGUGCUCACCUCAGCUCCUCCAUGCCACUGUUUAUUUAAAUCACUGUGUAGAAACAUGCCCAGUUCUACAUGUUUGAGCCUCCAUGAGCCAAACCAGCACCUGGGAAUGUAUUGUCACAAAACAGGGUGUGACUGCUGUG